AUGAGCAGUCAAGGAAAUUUCGACGUGGUCCGCAAGGACAUUGUGAAGCUGCUAAAGCAGCCCGGAUACGACGAUGGGAGCAUAGGACCGGUUCUUGUGAGACUCGCCUGGCACAGCUCAGGGACCUACGACGCCGAAACAGACACUGGUGGUUCGAAUGGAGCCGGUAUGCGUUACGAGCACGAGGGCGGAGACCCCGCAAAUGCAGGACUCCAACACGCCCGCGUAUUCAUGGAGUCGAUAAAGACCAAACACCCUUGGAUCACCUACUCAGACCUCUGGACUCUUGCCGGCGUGGUAGCGAUCCAAGAGAUGGACGGGCCCGAAAUCCCGUGGCAAGGAGGACGCACCGAUUUCGUCGACGACUCAAAGUUGUCACCGAGGGGUAGAUUGCCAGAUGCUACGAAGGGUGCCGACCAUUUACGCUGGAUAUUCAAUCGCAUGGGAUUCAACGAUCGGGAAAUUGUGGCUCUUUCAGGAGCACAUAGUUUGGGCCGGUGCCAUAUCGAUCGGUCGGGCUUCGAAGGCCAAUGGGUCAACAAUCCAACCCGAUUUUCGAAUCAAUAUUACCGGCUUCUGCUCUCGCGACAAUGGAAGACGAAGACGCUUCCCAAUGGAGUGGAGCAAUUCUUCCACUAUGACGAGGAUAGCGAGACGGAAUUGAUGAUGUUGCCCUCCGACAUGGCCCUCCUCGCGGACGACACUUUCAAACAAUACGUCGAAUUAUAUGCCAAGGACAAGGACGUUUUCUUCGAGGAUUUCGCGGCGGUCUUCGCGAAGUUGAUCGAGUUAGGAAUCGCCCGGGAUGCCCAAGGGAGGAUUACCAAUACGGAUAAUGAGAAGGGCGGGUAUCGCUCUGCGCCGAAGAAGAAGGACGCGCCCACCGUUCGGGCUGAUAUUGUUGGGCCAGGCGGGGAACCGUCAAAGAAGGGCAAGGACAAAAUCAGAGCAAGGUUGUAA